UGUCCGCAGUCUCUGCUCAUCCCCUAUACUGUCCGCAGUCUCUGCUCAUCCCCUAUACUGUCCGCAGUCUCUGCUCAUCCCCUAUACUGUCCGCAGUCUCUGGUCAUCCCCUAUACUGUCCGCAGUCUCUGGUCAUCCCCUAUACUGUCCGCAGUCUCUGUCUCUGGUCAUCCCCUAUACUGUCCGCAGUCUCUGGUCAUCCCCUAUACUGUCCGCAGUCUCUGGUCAUCCCCUAUACUGUCCGCAGUCUCUGGUCAUCCCCUAUACUGUCCGCAGUCUCUGGUCAUCCCCUGUACUGUCCGCAGUCUCUGGUCAUCCCCUGUACUGUGUCCGCAGUCUCUGGUCCUUCUCCUGUACUGUGUCCGCAGUCUCUGGUCCUUCUCCUGUACUGUGUCCGCAGUCUCUGGUCCUUCUCCUGUACUGUGUCCGCAGUCUCUGGUCCUUCUCCUGUACUGUGUCCGCAGUCUCUGGUCCUUCUCCUGUACUGUGUCCGCAGUCUCUGGUCCUUCUCCUGUACUGUGUCUGCAGUCCAUUGGUUCAGAAUAUUUUUUUUCUUGUUUUUCUCCUCUAAAACUUAAGCGCGUCUUAUGGUCA